AUGGAUAGUUCAGAUUUUGCUGACGCAAGCGAUGGCAAUGACCGUAAACGGCCCAUGGAUAAUUCCCCAGAUUCAGAUGAGAAAAAAGAGAAGAUUCCAAGAGUGGAAUCCGAAUCAUCAGUGGAACCUAAUUCAUCGUCGGAAUCUUAUUCCGAAUCGGAUGAGAAAUUUAACGAAAGGGCAUAUCUUGAAGAUAAGCUGGAAGACGUUGAAAAUAACAAAGGUGACAUUCCUGCUCUUCUUUACGCGGCAAAAUACACUGACGUCGAUGUAUGCCGGAAACUCGUGGAUGACGGGGCAGACGUUAACGAAACGGACGAAAAUGGCAACGACGUCUAUCAUUGCGCAGCCAUGAACAAAAACAGCUGCGAUGUGGACCUGAUCUAUUUCUUUGCGGAGAAGAAAGCCAUAAAGAGAAGGCUAAAUAAUGAUAAUGUUGAUGCAGUCAAUUUGGCUAUCGAAUCUGGCAAAUUCAUGAUUCUUUCACACAUCAAUGGAGCGAGAACUGUGAAGGCCAAAACCGAUCUCAAUUUGGCCGUGGAGGAACAAAACCUCCUCUCCGUAAAAAUGGAUAAUUCAGAUUAUGCAGACGCAAGCGAGGGCAAUGACCGUAAACGGCCAAAGGAUGACUCCCCAGAGUCCGAUGAGGUAGAAAAAAAGAUUCCAAGAGUGGUAAUCGAUUCGUCGUCGGAAUCUCAUUCCGAAACGGAUGAGGAAUUUGACGAAAGGGCAUCUCUUGAAGAUAGGCUGGAAUACGUCGAGAAGAACAGAGGCGACAUUCCUGCGCUUCUUUACGCGGCGAAAUACGCUGACGUCGAUGUAUGCCAGAAACUCGUGGAUGACGGGGCAGACGUUAACGAAACGGACGAAAAUGGCAACGACGUCUAUCACUGCGCAGCCAUGAAUAAAAACAGCUGUUAG